AUGGCGCAGCCCAACCCCGCGGCCGCGUGCGCGGGUACCACUACUUUCUGCGUUUUCCUCGCGGCAGUGAUCACGGGCAUCGUGCUGCUUUCCAUCUCGUUCCACAAGAUCAGCUCCACGGAGGUGGGGCUGCAGUACAACAGAGUGACCAAGAGCCUCUCGUCGAAGCCCGUGGGGCCUGGGCUGCACAAUGGCCCUCCAGGGUUCAAGUUCGUCAAG